AUGUGUAAUGGUCUUGCCUAUCAUGUCCGAGAUCGUGCUCUCUUUUUGCAAUGUAUUGGCCCCAGUAUGAUACUAUCUAUAGAGUAUGGAGCUGUGGUGAUGGAAUGUCUCACUUUGCAGAUCACUCAAGUUUCAUUUCGCGAGCACAUGAAAAUGGUCAGGAAAGGACGGAAAAUGCAGGCGGUAGCCGAUAAAUGCAACCUUGACAAUGUAUUGUUCAGAAAUCCGCAGUCUCCUGACAUCCAUGACGAGCGUGGUGUCCAAAUUCACGUCAGCGAAUACAAGACAAAGCUGAAAGAGGGAUCAAUUGUGGAGUUGGAGAUGAUGCUACAGCAUAUGCAGCUGCUGCCAUGUGAGAAGUACAUGCAGGCUGCCUUCAUCAACCCAAUCAAAGAUGGUAAGGGGAAAAGGAAGGCUGCGGAUGAGGCAUCAGAGGCAAUGAGUCAGUCACCAAUCAAAAAGGGGUCCUUCUCUGCUGUAGUUGGAGACAAACUCGAGUAUAUGGAGGAAUAG